AUGUCCCUGUCGGAGUGGCACAUCGCAGUGAAGCUGGCAGAUCAGCCGCUGGCUCCUAAAUCCAUCUUACGUUUGCCAGAGACAGAGCUGGGGGAAUGCCCACUCGGUGGGUGCAGCAUCUCAUACCUCAAACAGCUCAUUACCGGCAAACUGCAGGAGUCUGUUCCAGACCCUGAGCUCAUCGAUCUGAUCUACUGUGGCCGUAAGCUGAGGGAUGACCAGACACUUGAUUUUUAUGGCAUCCAGUCUGGCUCCACUGUUCAUGUCCUGCGCAAGUCCUGGCCUGAGCCGGAUCAGAAACCAGAGCCUGUGGAUAAGGUGGCAGCAGUACGGGAGUUCCGGGUCCUUCACACUGCCCUGCACAGCAGUCCUGCCUACAGAGAUGCAGUCUUCAAAAUGCUGGGGAACAAGGAGUCACUGGAUCAGAUCAUUGUAGCUACUCCCGGCCUCAGCAGCGACCCUGUUGCAUUGGGAGUCCUACAGGACAAGGAUCUCUUUUCAGUGUUUGCAGACCCCAACAUGCUGGACACGCUAAUCCCAGCCCACCCUGCGCUUGUGAAUGCCAUUGUCCUUGUUCUGCACUCAGUGGCUGGCAGCACCCCGCUCCCAGCCCCAGAGACAUCCUCCCGAGGCAUGUCCUCUGGCUCCUACCGGGACAUGCCUGGUGGCUUUCUGUUUGAAGGUCUCUCUGAUGAUGAAGAUGACUUCCACCAGAGCACAAGAUCUACACCAUCCAGCAGCACUUCUGGUUCCCGCCCAGCUUCCCUUGGCUACGCUGGGGCUGCAGGACCUCGGCCGAUCACACAGAGCGAGCUGGCGACCGCGCUGGCACUGGCGAGCACCCCAGAGAGCAGCUCCCACACGCCCACCCCUGGCACCCAGGGUCACUCGUCUGGGACCUCCCCGAUGUCAUCCAGUGUCCAGUCAGGAACACCCAUCACCAAUGACCUCUUCAGCCAGGCCUUACAGCAUGCCCUGCAGGCCUCAGGGCAGCCCAGCCUGCAGAGCCAGUGGCAGCCACAGCUUCAGCAGCUGCGAGACAUGGGCAUACAUGAUGAUGAGUUAAGUCUCCGGGCCCUGCAAGCCACUGGAGGGGACAUUCAGGCUGCCCUGGAGCUCAUCUUUGCUGGUGGGGCUCCGUAGCUUUUUGGGCAGGAGAGGCUGGACUGGUGAGUUGCACUGAGGCAGCUGUGACAUUCCUCGGUCUGGGACUUGGCCCUGAAACUCUUCUCUGUGCUGGGGUUCCUCUCUCUAGCAUGGAGCAAUUGAGGUGGCUGCUCCUUUCCUUACAGGUGAGCAGUGUGCUCCUGUUUGAGAGCGCUGACCAUGCUGAGGGCAGCUCCUCCAGCUCCAGAUACCUCUCUCCAGCCUUCUUCUGGCCACCAGUGAUGACACCU